AAAAAAACACCCACGCUGUUAAACAAAUGGUGUAGAAGAACUGUAAUGGAAAGUCACUCUUCUCAUUACAUGCAAAUGUCUCUCGACUCUGAUGACUUAUUAAUGCCAUUGAUUUCUUCAAAUCCAACGACACUCCACAUGGAUGACAGAAGUAGAAAGAAAGAUGCAACAGUUAUAAACACAAGUGAUUCCAAAUCUGGCUUGGCUAGCUCUCGUGCAAUAUUAUUUUUAAUAUUAUGGUACAUUUUUAGUGGGUGCACUCUUUUUCUCAACAAGUACAUAUUAUCUUACAUGGAGGGCAAUCCAACAAUAUUAGGUGCUAGCCAAAUGUUGAUGACAACAGUUUGUGGCCUUUUUCAAAUGUAUUUUCCUUGCGGUAUGUUUAAAGCAAGCCCUCGUUUAGUUAAGCCUGCUGGAUUUUACAAGCAUAUGAUGUUAGUUGGAUGCACAAGAUUUAUGACAGUAGUUUUAGGAUUGGUAUCGUUAAACUAUGUUGCAGUCAGUUUCACCGAAACAAUUAAAAGUAGUGCCCCUCUUUUCACCGUUUUCAUCAGUAAAUAUUUACUAGGUGAAUAUACAGGCUUAUAUGUUAAUUUGUCAUUAAUUCCUGUCAUGGGAGGUCUAGCUCUUUGCUCAGCAAAUGAAAUCAGUUUUGACUUGAGGGGCUUUGUGGCUGCAAUGGCUACAAACUUGACUGAAUGCUUACAAAACGUUUAUUCGAAAAUGCUGAUAAGUGGUGAUGGUUUCAAAUACUCACCUGCAGAACUACAAUUUUAUACAAGUCUUGCAUCAGUUGUGGUCCAAAUACCAGUGUCAAUCUUAUUAGUGGAUCUUCCAACUCUACAGCAUUCCUUUGAUUCACAUUUACUCUCAACAUUUGCGCUUAAUGGUAUAUUUUUUCACUUUCAAAGUAUCACUGCCUACGUACUUAUGGAUUACAUAAGUCCAGUAACUCACAGUGUUGCCAACACUGGAAAAAGAGCGUUUUUGAUAUGGCUGUCGAUAUUUUUAUUCAACAAUCCAGUAACUAAUCUUUCUGCAUUAGGAACGUUAUUGGUUAUAGCAGGAGUUUUAUUGUACAAUAAAGCUCAGGAAUAUGACAAAAAUGCAAGAAUUAAACACAGAUUUGUGUCUAAAAUUAAUGUACAUUAA